AUGGAGGCCUGGCAGCGGAACAUUCGCAGGAUUCACCAAGUCGGGGAAUCCCUCGACCUUGAUCCUACCAAGUACGACACGAUCGUCGACUUCAUCGCACUUAUUCAAGCGGUCCGAGAAGGGCUCGCUUAUAUCGACGAGGACUCCUAUAUCCCCGAUUCGCAGAUCAACCUGCUUUUUCUCACAAAGCUCAAGGAAUGCCCUGAGUGGUGUGACUGGGCCUCUGCCAUGCUGCGGGAUCGUCGAAUGAACACCCCGAAUCCGGCGGACCAGAUAACCUUUCAAGAGCUAACCGACUUGGCCGUGGAGCAUGAGAGGAUCCGUAAGCGGCGGGGAAGGCCUGUAUGGAGCGACAAUGGUACUUCCAGGUUAGAUGUCACACCGUCAUCUAGAUCCCCGGGUGAUUCCCACGCUGUCACGCAAGACGAAAUCAACGCGUUUGUCGUCCGACAGAUGAAUCGCGAUGAGCGGCUCCGUAAUCGCAGCGGAAGCGUCCGGGGGCACACUAAGAGACCGAGUCAAGAGGAGAUCAAUGACUACGUGAUUGAACAGAUGCGCCGCGAGCAGGAGCAAUCCACAAGGGAUCGGAGCUAUAGUCAGCCUGUUCAACGUCCGGUGCGGAUGCACUGUACAUUCUGCGGGGACAGACACCACCAGCUGUCAAACUGCUGGCGUCGAUGGAGGGUCGCUGUGGAAGCACCACAUGGGGAUUACUUGCCCAAACGCGUCGAGUACAGAACUGAGAUCCCGGGUCAGCCGCCCAUGUAUCGCUCGGGGUUUACACUUUUCUAA